AUGGACGUUGUCCUCGAGGUGGCAGACACCUUCAUCUUCGACCCCCUCUAUGCCAAACUUCUACCUGCCUAUCCAGCUGCCGUAAUCGCCAAUGCAACUCUCUCCAGCAUUCGUGAGGAGCCUACUGCCUACGCCCGCCCGCACGCGACUUGGCAGUAUGAGCCCGCCACCCAGUUCUUCUCCACGACGCCAUCCAAGUAUGCCUACAUGAGUCAAUGGGCCCGCGACGACUGGCGGCGGCAGGCGCUGUCCUUGUACCUAAUUACAUGGCUCUUCGGUGUCCUAGUCUACUACAUCUUCGCAAGCGCCUCCUACUUCUUCAUCUUCGACAAGAGCACCUUCAACCACCCGCGAUACCUUAAGAACCAGAUUAAGCUUGAGAUGAAACAGGCCAACAUUGCCUUUCCCAUCAUGGCAAUCUUCACCGUGCCCUUUUUCCUUGCAGAGGUCCGUGGGUACUCGAAGCUAUACGAUACGGUCGACCAGGGUCCGGGAUUGUGGUACAACUACUUGCAAUUUCCAUUUUUCCUCUUCUUCACCGACUCGCUUAUCUACUGGAUUCACCGCUAUCUCCACCACCCUCUCAUUUACAAGCACAUCCACAAGCCACACCACAAGUGGAUCAUGCCAACUCCCUAUGCCUCGCACGCUUUCCACCCAUUGGACGGCUAUGCCCAGGGUCUGCCCUACCACAUCUUCCCAUUCCUGUUCCCGCUGUCCAAGUUUGCCUAUGUCCUCCUAUUUGUUACCGUCAACAUCUGGACUGUCUUGAUUCAUGACGGCGAGUAUGCGCACAACUCGGCCAUUAUCAAUGGAGCUGCCUGUCACACCAUGCACCACCUGUACUUCAACUACAACUACGGACAGUUUACCACUCUCUGGGAUCGUCUGGGUGGAAGCUACAGGAAGCCCAACGACGAGCUCUUCCAGAAAGAACUCAAAAUGUGCCAGAGCGAGUGGAAGAAGCAGGCCGAAGCUGUCGACAAGAUGGUCCUGGAAGUCGAGGGUGGCAGCGACGACCGCACGUAUUCAUCCGACGAGCCCAAAAAAGUUCGCUAG